GAGUCAGUGGAGAUGUUCCAGCUCUGGAGCAAUGAAGUGCCAUCAGGCUCCCACACAACCAUGGCUUUCGGGCUGCCCAAGGUGCCAUACCAUGGGCAGGUGGCACCUGGCAGUGGGAGCAGCUCUGCCCAUGAACUGCCCCUGACUCCACCAGCUGAGUCCACCUACUCCUUUGAGUUGUCCCCCGUUAAAAUGUUGGCCUCUUCAACGCCCCCUUCAUACCCUUUCUCAGAAGCCCAGGAUUUUUCCAGCUUUUUUCAAGGCCCUCGGUCUUUGGGCCCGGCUGGUCCUCCAGGUGUAACCUCAACUGAUGAUUCCCCUUGGUGGAGCCUGCAGCAACCUGGCAGCUUCUCUCUAGGCCGACCACUGGUCCUGAGCCCCCAGCCACCCCUUGCCGCCCUUCUGCAAGGCACCCCCAAAGGGUUGCUGGGCACAGCCCGCCGCUGCCGCCGUUGCAAGUGCCCCAACUGCCAGGCAGCAAAUGGGGUCAAUGAGGAGCCUGGGCGGAAGAAGCAACACGUCUGCCACCUACCAGGCUGUGGCAAGGUCUAUGGCAAAACAUCGCACUUGAAGGCCCAUCUCCGCUGGCAUGCAGGCGAGCGACCCUUCAUCUGCUCCUGGCUCUACUGUGGGAAAAGCUUUACCCGCUCGGAUGAACUGCAGAGGCACCUCCGGACACACACAGGCGAGAAACGCUUUGUCUGCCAGAUGUGUCCUAAGAGGUUCAUGCGGAGUGACCACCUGGCCAAACACAUCAAGACCCACCAGGGGAAGCGUGUAAGGGGCAUGGCAGUAGUGUCAGCAGAAGCAGCAGCAACAGUGGGCAUCAAGAGGGAAUAA